AUGUCAAUCAACAGAAUUGCAUUGAGAAAUGUACGCCCUUCAAUGGGAAUGGCAUUCCGUCCUGCACCAAUUGGUUUGAGAUAUCUUUCAACUCCAGUUGAACCAAAACAAAAAGCCCAAUCAAUUGUUGAUGCUUUACCAGGUACCAAUUUAUUAUCAAAAACCGGAAUAUUAGCCACAUCAGCUGCAGCAGCCAUUUAUGGUUUAUCAAAUGGUUUAAUAAUAGUACAUGAUGAAACUAUUUUAGUCACAACAUUCGCCAUUUUCACAGCAUUAUGUGUAAAGUUUGUUGCCCCAUUAUAUACCGAAUGGGCUGAUGGAGAAGUUAAAAAAGUUAACGAUUUAUUAAAUGGUGCAAGAAAUAAACAUAUUAAAGCUGUUGAAGAUAGAAUUUCAUCAGUAAGUGAAUUAAAAGAUGUUGUAUCACAAACUAAAGAUUUAUUUGCAUUAUCAAAAGAAACAGCUAAAUUAGAAGCUGAUUCAUUUGUAUUAAAACAAAAAGUUGAAGUUGCUUCAGAAGCUAAAAAUGUAUUAGAUUCAUGGGUUAGAUUUGAACAACAACAAAGACAAAUUGAACAAGAACAAUUAGCUAAAGAAGUUAUUGAAAAAGUUAAUAAAGAAAUUGAAAAUCCUAAAUUUCAAGAAAAAUAUUUGAAUGAAGCAUUAGCUGAAGUUGAAAAAAUCUUUGCCAAAAAUUAA